GAAAGGACAUCCGCUGCGUCGCCGCGGUCGCUUCGAUUGGAUCCUUCCUCUCUGUUCUUCCUUCGGGUAAUCGUCGAUCCCCAGAUCGCCGGGUGUUGUUCCUCUUGUUCUUUCCAUUGAUCGAGAGAAGAAUGAUGAAUCGAUUCGAAAUGGUAAUCAUAUAUCGAUCGUUGUGGAGAUUCGACCUUUCAGAUUUUGAAGAUGAUUGAAGUCUGAUUGGGUCUUUUACGUUGGAGAAGAAUGGUGCUAGUUCUAGCAAUCGGUGACCUCCACAUCCCUCACCGGGCGCCGGAUCUGCCCGCCAAAUUUAAGCAAAUGCUUGUGCCUGGGAAGAUUCAACACAUCUUGUGUGUUGGAAAUCUGUGCAUUGAGGAUGUGCAUGAUUACUUGAAAAGCCUUUGUCCUGAUCUGCAUUUUGGUCGAGGUGAAUAUGAUGAGGAUGCUCGUUAUCCAGAAAGAAAGACUCACGAUUGGUCAAUUCAAGCUUGGGCUUUGCCAUGGCCAUCAGAUCAUCCCAUAGAGUGACUUGGAUUCGUUAGCCAUGUUUCAGAGACAACUGGAUGUAGAUAUCCUUGUGACCGGACACACUCGCCAGUUCAAGGCUUACAAGCACGAGGGUGGUGUUGUGAUAAACCCUGGCUCGGCAACUGGAGCUCAUAGCAGCGUAACCUAUGAUGCGAACCCCAGAUUUGUACUGCUGGACAUUGAUGACCUUCGUGUUUGGGUCUACAUUUAUGAGCUUAUCGAUGGCCAGGUGAAGGUCGACAAGAUUGCAACUACUCUGCCUGCUCAUUGAUCCUCUGUAAAUUGACAACCGCCGUACUCUGAUUUUGUUGCUUGAUUGAGCUGAACCUUAAAUCUGCAUCCGGACGACAUCUAAUUGUUUUGAGAAUUCUCCUUGUCAAGCCUAAUCUGUCUGCAUCACACGUUUAAUCGUCAGGAUGCUAAAUGUUGGUUCUUGGAGCCACCUCAGAUCUCUCCUGCUGUGUAUUCGAGGCUAGGAUCAGUCGAUCAGCUGCACAGGGCGAUUGAGGGGACAGGGAAACCUGCUCAGAUUCAUGUGUGUCCCACGACAGAAAGCUGCCACGUGUCUUGUUUGCCCAAAUGUAGGCCACCACUCGUCCCUUCCGUGCGAGGAUCAGCUAUACUGAUCGGGACAGGGAACAAGGAAAUCGGGUCAUUUGGGCCAAACCAAAUGAACGCCACCUGACUUGUGCACCACGUGAGGAUCGGUUGUGUCGGUUGACACGGGAGACGGGAAAGAUGAUACGGUCCACCUCAUCCAUCACCCCUCGUCUCCUAUAUAUUUGUACUGGCCCGUUCUUUCCCGGGCGAACCCAUCUCAAAUUCCCAGAGGGAAGAGAGAAGGGAUCAGAGACGGCGAAAGGGGAUCUGGAUGAGGUGGCGAACACUAGCGUUCUUGGAGCCGGACGGGUCUCCGAUCUGAUCUCCCCCAACAAGAAGGUCGGAUCUCGGAUCACUGUUCUUUAGUUCACUUGGGUUUUGAGCAGAAUUGCUUUGGUUCGCUCUUUGUGGGAUUCGAUUCUGAUGAGUUUUACCUCGUCCUGGUCGUUUUGUUCUUCUACGAGUUCGUCAAACGAUUUCCAUCUCAUCUGGUUCCAGUGUAUUAUCUUCCAAAUUUUCGUCUUCUAUUUUUUCUUUUCCCCUCUCGAUCUUACUCCCGAUCUCCCCUUUUUUUAAUUAUAGGAAUCAAUUAUUUUCAUUUUUAUUUGAAAACGUAAUUCUAUUUUUCAAUCAUGUUAUCAACUUCGUUUUUUAAAUAUUCGAAUGGCGCUAUUCGUCUCUCCCCCUUCAAACUUAAAAGACGGUAAUCAGGUCAUUUCAAAUCUUAGAAGCGGCAUAUCAUCUUAUGAAAUCCAUUUCAAAAGCGUAUUAUGGUCAAUUUCAUUUUGAGAGGUAAGCUGAACCGAUGGAGCCGCAUCGGGUGGGCGGUGGGGAGAUCAGCGGCGGCGAUCGGACGGUCAGCAUCGACGCAUCAGGAUCAUGGAAUGAGCUGUCGUCGAUCCGACGGCGGAGGCUCUCCUCACCCUCGCCGAGCGCCUUCCUCACCCCCGCCUUCGACGCCUGCGCCACCGCCACCCUCAGCUCCUCCGGCAUCGGCGGCGGCGCCGACAGCUCCCUCGACCUCGACCCCUCCCUGCUCCGCUACACCCGCUUCCGGCCUCAUCUCUCCCCUUCCGACUCAUCCGAUCUCAGGUCGACGUCGACGAGGCGGCGCCUCCUCCAACUCCGAUCCUCCCUGAGCUCGUUUCCGUCUUCCUCGGCGGAGGGGGGCUGCUGCUUCGUCUCGCCGCUCUCCCCCAUCGACAACCUCCCGCCGGGGAGGUCGCUUCCGGUGCACAUGACGCCGCUCACGAUGCAGGUGGGGGAGGACGUGGUGGUGAUGGACGGGGUGCUGGUUAGCGACGCCGAGACUACCAGCCGGCGGAGUCUACACAGGACGGAGGCCUGCCGCGCCUGGGACGAGAACGGGAUCUGCCGCUACGGUUCCAAAUGCCAGUUUGCUCAUGGGAAGGAGGAGCUGCGCGGUGGUCGCCGCUCUGUGAAACAAGCAUCUGAGGUACCAGCUAUGCGUUCCGGCCGAAGCCGAACCCAGUUCGGCUCUAUUCUUCCAUCUGCAGCAUCGAGUUAUGCUGUGUUCGGCUCUCUUCUUCCAUCUGCAGCAUCGAGUUAUGCUGUCUAUGAUGCUGCUGCUGGAGUAACCACGAGAAAUGUUGCUCCACCUGCUGCCAUUAACAAUCACUUGACAGCGGACGCAGACUACCAGCGGCUGAUCAUUCCGGCCCCGAACCAAGCAUCUCCUGCUGCAUCAGCCGGAGCUAUGACCGCUCCCUCGACUGCAGAGGCUGACUGCAAGCUGCAAACAACUCCUCUUUCUUCUCCACAAUCAACAGAGCCGUCGUUUCAAUGGCCCAUGACAGAAGCGGAGGAUGAUCAGAUAUCUCGGAUCCUGUAUGGCCCCAGCCACCGCCGGAGGCUCCCAGUCUUCACUCAGUUCUGCCCAGAGUGAGUUCCACUGCUACCACCAUCUCCUUACUGCUGCUAUUCCUCUUUACAAAUCCUUCAUGGGCCCUCUUAUUCUUGCAUAAUAUUGGUACAUUUCACCACUCGACACUAAAGGUCUAAUACAAACACAAAAUUUUCAGCUGAGUUUGACAAAAUUUCUCUAGACGAUGCCAAACCAAGUUGACUAUGGCAGAGCCAUUCCAUGCAUUUGUACAUUCUUUGAUCUUGUUUUGGUCUGGUCACUGCUAUUGAUGAGUUUGGAGCAUCCAUCACCUCACCUCCAAAA